GGCCAGCGCCUCGCUAGCAGCAGUAGAGAAUUUGUAGGGAGAGUGGUAAGGUGUAUAAUUUCGUGGUUGAGGUCAAGGCACGCGAAUCAAAAUGGAGUGGAAACCUAUGGAAAUUAACCCUGAGAUGCUGAACAAAGUUAUGUCCAAGCUGGGUGUUUCUGGAAGCUGGCGUUUUGUCGACGUGUUGGGCUUUGAAGACGAAUCUCUCUCCUCGGUGCCAACUCCAUCCUGCGCGGUGAUGCUGUUGUUCCCACUCACUCAACAGCAUGAAGCCUUCAGAGAAAAGCAGGCUGGAGAGUUAGCAGGAAAACAAGAUGAGAGCAAGAAGGUUUACUUUGUGAAGCAGACGAUUGUCAAUUCCUGUGGUACGAUUGGCCUUCUCCAUGCUGUUGCUAACAACAUGGGCAAGCUGGAAUUCGAGAAUGACUCUGCACUGAAGAAGUUUUUUGAUGAUACAGAUGCCCUGUCUGCAGAUGAGAGAGCAAAGCAUCUUGAGAUAAACCAGGACAUACGCACUGCCCAUGAUGAAGUAGCAGCAGAAGGACAAUGUCGGGUAGAGGAAGAUAACGUGAACUUCCACUUUAUUACCUUCACCAAUGUUGAUGGGCAGCUUUACGAAUUGGAUGGCAGAAUGGAAUUUCCUGUGAAUCAUGGAGAUACAAAAGAUGACUCCUUUAUAAUGGAUGCUGCAAAAAUCUGCAGGCAGUUUACUGAACGUGAGAAAGGAGAAGUUCGCUUUUCUGCCGUGGCCUUGUGCAAAGCUUAAGAGCAAGACCUUCAAGGAAGAAGUCUUUCACCGAAUCUGUAGCACAUGUACUGCACAUAGAUCCUAGCUUACAAGCGCUUUCUGUGUAAUGGUGUUUCCUGCAAAGCUGGGAGUUGUUACACUGAGUAAUUAUAAAAUCUGACUCUCCCCUGAACGUGUAUUCCUGCACAGAGUUGUUUUUUUGGUUUAUUUUUUUGUUUUAAAGGAUGUGAAUUUAUUUGAAAUAAGGGCCUUUUUUGUUUUGGCACCCUGUUCUGGGGAAAAAAAGGGCUGCAUUGUGUGGUUGUUGGUGGUUUUUUUUUUUUUUUAUUUUCUCUCUUUUUGACGUGUUUCAUGGUAACUAGGUUGGCUAGACCAUGUUACAGCUGUUCAGAGGGUGUUUGGUGCAACUCUUGCCUUUUAUGUGAUCUAGCGCUUUGUUCAUGGUUUUUUGUAGUGCACUGCCACGAGGCUCAUUUUGUCAAGUUUAACUUGUUCUUUUUGGACACUAACUUGUAUACUUUGUUUAUCGCUAAGCUGUUAGCAAAAUAAAGAUGGUCAUGACUGACUAGCUUCUGUUAA